CCAAUUAUCUGAUAGCAGCAUUUAUCCGCCGCUACAGCCCCGUCUAGUCAUCCGAAAACAGGCGUGAACCGAUGUGGAAGGAAUGCUCGUCUGAAUGUUGUAUCUAACGAAAAGGAAAGAAAAAAGAAAACGUGUGGAGAAAUUUGUUAUCGCGGCUGAAUUGUGGCGCUCCAUCCACGCGACGCGACCCUAUUUUUAGGGCGCUCUCGCCGUGUCUACUAUCAGUAAUAGUGACUGCGCUCGCGUGAGAGACCGCUCACAAAUCUGCAGAGAGAGAGAGAGAAAAGGGGGACGGGAGAGCUCCAGACAAACGGAAACUGUGGCCAGACUCCAGAGGAAGUCAAUUGAUUUCGCCCUUCUUGAUGAGAUAGAUUUACAAGCUUUGCCCAGCGUGUCUGUCAGACCGUCUGUCAAAGCAAUCAACAGUUGGUGCGAGCGCGCGCGCGAUUAAAGGGACUUUGCAUGCACGAGACGCUUCAGUGAUGGGUGUGUGAUUUCAGCACCUCAGUCAUAUGGACACCCGCUUGCGUGUGACUGAAUCGUUCAGUAAUAUGGAAGACAGAUUGUUGCAUAUCGUGAUGCAUUGGAUGCUUUUGCGUGUUUAGUACAUUACAGCAGACAAGAAUGAGCAGUCUAUUCGCGGCUCCCGGUGCUUUUGCUUUUGUUCACGUAUUGCAUUUCGUGUGAGAGAAAAAAGAAAAGACUACAGACAGAGAGAUCACACACAGUCCAUCUUUACUGGAUUUAAGGGUGCAUUGUUGUUUUCCCUUGACCUUGCCUUUCGAGGCGCGCAAGAAGCAUGUUAAUGAUGGAGAGCAGCGGGAUAGACGCGCAUCAGGUUGAACUGGACGCCGACUAUGAGCCGCACUGCCGCCCGAGGUCGUGCACCUGGCCACUGCCGUGUCCGGAGGAGGAGAGCCGAGCGCUGCCGGUGAAAGUGGAGCCGCGCAACGUGCCGGCGUGCCGGAGCGGAGGGGCGCCGACGGAGUUCAAGCAUCCAGCCGGCGCCCCUGCCCCAAUCGCGGCCGCCCCUGCGUGCAUGUCCGGCGCCGCGCUGGAUGUGGCCGGCCAGCUGCGCAAAUCCAAGUCGUCGCGACGGAACGCAUGGGGCAACCAGUCAUACGCGGAUCUGAUCACGCGUGCCAUUGAGAGCACCCCCGAGAAAAGGCUCACCUUAUCGCAAAUCUAUGACUGGAUGGUGCGAUUUGUGCCCUAUUUCAAGGAUAAAGGAGACAGCAAUAGCUCAGCCGGCUGGAAGAACUCCAUCAGACACAACCUCUCCCUACACACUCGCUUCAUCCGUGUUCAAAAUGAGGGAACGGGAAAGAGUUCCUGGUGGAUGCUUAACCCAGAGGGUGGAAAAAUGGGCAAAGGACCCCGCAGACGAGCUGUUUCCAUGGACAACGGGACUAAGUACCUGAAGAGCCGAGGCCGAGUCAGCAAGAAGAGAGCGGGAGCUGUGGGAAUGGGCAGAGAGCUCGCAGGACCUGGAAUACAAGGGUCGCCGGAACAUGGAAGCCCAGCGGGUAAGGGAGUAAUGGGAGUUGGGGGUGAAGAGUUUGACGCCUGGACGGACCUCCACUCCAGAACAAGUUCUUCUGCUUCGACAUUAAGCGGAUGCCUGUCUCCUAUUCUGGCUGAGACAGAACCCGACGAGCCAGAGGAAGGAGGACUGUCCUGCUCUGCCUCGCCACGACUCUACCCUAGCCCGACCAGCACAAGAUCUCCAGCCCUGGGAACGGGCGGGCAUUGUCCAUCCGUCGAGCUCCCGCACCUAGCCGAUCUAACCGGAGCCAUCAGCUUGGACGAGGGCUACUCUCAGCCUCUGCCGCUUAAGCGAAACGGCUAUCACUAUGGCCCUGGACCAAAAGGAGAGACCUCCUACUGUGGAACAGUCUAUGGCCAACCAUCCAUGGGCAUGCUUAGGCAUCACACGCCUAUGCAGACGAUUCAGGAAAACAAGCCUACCAGCUUCCAGCGUGCCCUCAGGGCAUACUCGGAGAACAAUGCCCUUGAAAGUCUCCUCGCUGGAGGGCCACAAUACUGUGGUAAGGACAUGGUUGUGGGGCAAGGAGGAGCACUUAUGUCACAAUCUAACAGUGCCGUGCACUCUCACGGCCACAAUCACAAUCAUAAUUCGGAGCAUGGGCACAAUCGCAAUUCCACCCAAAGCCUACACAAUAGCCACGGAGUAACUCACGAGCAAAACCCGAGCCAUCAUCACAAUCCCAAUCAAGCUCAUAAUAAGCAUCACCCAGGUCUUGACUACAAUCCCCACAAACACCACCGCGGCCACGACUAUGUUCAAUCUCAUGAGCACAAACUCAAUGCUAGUCCCAAUCCCAAUCCCAACCACAUGCACAAUCACCUGCAACACAGCAACUCCAGACAACCAGAGCUUUCCCCCAGGGUGAGCAAUGACAUGUUGCAACCCUACAACCACAAAUCGCCUAGCCUUUACGGGUCACGCGCUCACCUCCCUUCCACGUCCCUACCGCCUAACCCCGCCAGUGUCUUGGAUGUACCCCAAGAUCCCUGUCGCUUGGCUUCAGCCCCCCAUCCUCGCCAUCAGUCCUACCCAGGUUCCCACCUCCAUCAGGGCAUGACGGAACCCUGGCAGGGGUAUUACCACCACACUUCACAGAAUCCUAAUUACCAUGGAAACCAGCACGCUAACCAUCACCAGGAUCCUCACAACCGGUUGCAGUCUGAGCUGGAAAUGGAUGUGCACCACAGCAGUCUGGAUUGCGAUGUUGAAUCCAUCCUCCUGAAUGACUUCAUGGACUCGACAGAGGGCAUGGACUUUAACUUUGAUGGCUCGCUAUCACAGGGCGUUGGCAUGGGAAUGGGUUUGGGGAUGGGGAUGGGAAUGGGGGUUUUUGCCGGACCUCAGCAAUCACACAACAGCCAGAGUUGGGUGCCUGGGUGAACAUUGAGAACUUUAGGCAAACAUUCAACCGUACAGCCUUCUGAAGGGCAGCAGGUCAAGUUGGGAGCUCAAAUGGACAAAUUGACCGAGAUACCCUUUUGGUGAUGUCAGAUUCUGGAAUUAUCCCCCCCACACCCCCUUCAAUUCCAUUUAUCCCGCUGUGGAGUAAUGUCAUAGCACCCUAACAGUCCUUUCUGUGGUUCAUGUCCUUCAGUUUGUGCUCAAUCCAUCACUUUGAAGCACUUUACAUCGCCAUCCAUUCCAAUGCUGUAACGACCACCCCGCGACCUGGGAGGAAUCACAUUGUCCGCUGGCCUGGGUUUAAUGUAUGCAAACGACUUUGUUAUCCUUCCCGAACAAAAAAGUAAAUAAAUAAUUAAGCGUCCGUGUUGUUUUACUAAACAUGAGUGCAGGAUUGAGCAGUUGCUAUAGCUGUCUGAGUGUCUGUGCUGUCAUUUGUGCAUUCGUCAAUGUGUGCGUGUGAGUGUGGAGCAGCUUUGCAUUGGUAAACGUACGCACCUCCUCCCAACCAAGGAGGUCUAUUGGAUGUCCCUUUAUUGUGGACCAGGACAGUCAUCCAUCAGACACACUCUAUUGAUAUUCAGCAUAUCCUUUUUAAUCUCCAAAGUAAUGCACCAGCUAUGCAUCAUUGUUGCAAAUAGAAUGUGAUGCUUGGAGUGCGCAGGGCUGUUUUUCCCCCGGACACACGACGGCUUAAUGUGUUUUGGCGAAAGUGAUGAUUAAAGUCACUCGGCAGUAAGUGGGGGCGGGGGGAGUGGGUAUAGGCAGGCCAGAGAGAUAGAGAGAUAACGGGGGGGAAAAGGAGAAAUGCAAAUAUUAUCACUACUAUGCCCCCUUCCUCUCCAUUCUGUCAAUUUAUAAAGCUUUCCCUGUAAUGAAAUAAGAAACGAUCCAACACUACCGCACAUCCUGUGCACAUCCUCUCUCCUGGUUUACCUCGGCCGAGCUACUCUGUGGCACUGGCUUGGCUACGUCUUCAUUAUCUACGCUAGGUGAUCAGUGAUGAUUGAUCAGAAUUGAAUCUUUAACUGUGUUCAUUUUAACGAAUGAAAGCUUGCCUCUAACUUGACUAAGUAACUGUUUGAUGGGAGCGCUACCUCAAGGUUGCAGAGGUCAUAACUUUACAGAACGACAAUUCCACCAUCUUCCAGAGCUUUUGUGUCCUAUCCUACACUAGUGAACUGCAUGCUGAUUAAUUCAGUCAGUGAAGCCAAAAAUGGGUGCUAUCUUCUCCUUGCAGACUUCCUCUAUCUCAUAUCAUAUGUCCUUAUCCGGUGAUCUCCAGACUCGAGUAAUUAAGUGCAAGGGUGUAUUUUCUCAUUCUGAAUGUAAUGUUCAAAACACUUCAAGGAUUCAUAGGAAAAGAUUCUAAUGGGCUGUGUGGCGUAAGGAUGCUCGAUAACUUCCGCCGAUCGUAGAGUCAGUCCCUCCAGAAAAUCGCUGAAUUCAAUGCAAAAUC